AUGGUGGAGAAUCUCUUUUCGGUUAUUGCUGCUUCUGUUCCUUGUUUAGGUAAGAAAGAUGGCUGGAGGUGGAAGCCGGCAAAAGAUGGAGCUUUUUCAACCAAGUCGGCGUACGAAACUAUUAAAAUGGCGAAAGGGGAGCCUGACGCGGGAUACAAUAAAGCGUUGGCUAAAGUUUGGGAGGCGCCGAAUCCUCAUAAGGCAAGGGUGACUGCAUGGAGAAGCUUGAGAAAUAGGUUGGCGACAUGCGAUAAUUUGUUGAAAAUGAAUGUUCCGAUUGAAAUUGAAGAGAGAUGGUGCAAUGCUUGUGUGGCUUAUGAGGAGACAGUUGAGCAUAUUUUUCUACAUUGCCCCGAAAGUUGA